AUGGAGCUUACCCUCGUAUUCUCCCUUCUCGCCCUCUUCUGUCUCCACGGCGUGAGCGCCGACAGGGUUAACUUCACCUCCUUGUUUGCCCUCGGCGACUCCAACAUCGACACCGGCAACCUGGUGCUCUUGGCUACUCCGGAUGUGCCUGUGUUCAAUAACAAGCCUCCUUACGGCAAGACCUUCUUUGGCCACCCCAAUGGCCGGUUCAGCGACGGGAGAGUCACCAUCGAUUUCAUCGCCGAGGAGUUUGGUCUCCCUCUUCUUCGACCCUCCCUGCAGAAUAACCCAGACAUCUCCAAGGGGGUCAAUUUCGCUGUCGGCGGCGCGACGUCUCUCAACGCCGACUUCUUCGAGAGGAACAAAUAUGUUAAUUUCAAGCUUCUAAACAGUUCUCUGAACGUGCAGCUGGACUGGUUCGAGAAACUCAAGCCAUCGUUUUGCAAGACGGCAGGACCAAGUGAAUGCUUCAAGAAAACCCUCUUCGUCGUCGGGGAGUUUGGAGUGAACGACUACAACCUGGCAUGGGGUGCGGGGAAGUCUGAAGCCGAAGUGAGGUCUUAUGUACCUCAAGUUGUGCAAAAUAUUGCCAAUGCCGCUGAUGUGCUCAUCAAAGGAGGUGCAACUUACGUGGUCCUGCCGGGGAUCCCGCCGAUCGGGUGCUCGCCGUCCCUGCUGGCGACCCGCGUGAGCCUCAACAAGGCGAAGGAGUUCGACCAGCUCGGCUGCCUAAGCGACGCCAACCGCGUGGCCAAGUACCACAACACCGAGCUCCGUAAUGCGAUCGACGGUCUGAGGGGCAAGUACGCGCAUGCCAAGGUCAUCAAGGCUGACUUCUACAGCCCGAUCAUCAAUAUCCUCCAAAACCCCGGCCGGUUCGGAGUGGCCGGCGGCGACGUUCUACGGGCUUGCUGCGGAGGCGGCGGGAAGUACAACUGGAACAUCAGCGCCGUGUGUAGCCAACCGGGGGUGGCCGCCUGCAAGGAUCCCUCGGCGUUCGUGAGCUGGGACGGGACUCACUUCACGGAGGCCACGUACCGCUACGUCGCCAAAGGGUGGCUCUCCGGUCCUUACUCCGAUCCGCCCAUACUGAAUGCUCAUAACUAG